AGCAGCAGUAUGGACGCGAACGCGAGCUGACUAAAAGUUGAACUAACCGACAGCCAAGUGAAAUCGUCGCACGACAGCAUGCUUUCUCGGACGGAAAGCGCGGGAAGCUGCUAGUUUUCAUGGAAUAACGCCUGUUGUUGUUGUUGUUGUUGUCGUCUCGAGUACUUUUUGAAAGAGCAUCCGAGGACAAUGAAUCUGUCUUUUGACGACACUUCUCUGGACACUCUGGACUCCAGUUUGUCUCUCCAUGACCCCAGUGAUAUCGACACUGCCCUUCUCAAUGACAUCGACGAUAUGCUGCAGCUGAUCAACACUCAGGACAUGGAGUUUGGGCUGUUCGAUCAGACCACGUUCCCGGCUCCGGCGGCUCCAGCACAGGAGCAGCUUCACUCCAGCCCCGCAUCUCCUGCUGCUGCUCCUCCGCCCGCCGCCCCCUCCAUCCUCAGCUCCAGCCCACAUCUGGAUGCCCUGCUGGGACCCCCCAUCACCCGCAGCUCCUCCAUCCCCACAGAUAAAGCCUUCCAGCCGCACACCUUCCAGCAGGCUCCCCUCGCACAGGUGAACUCCACACCUGCAGCACUGCAGACCACCCAGCCCAAAGCUCAGCCUGCUCCGUCUGCCAGCCUACAGCCCUCCAGCCAGACGCCUCCAUCAGCCUCCAGCAGCCCCCAGCAGACUCUCUACAGCUCCUACACCACACACACCACCUACACCCCUGUCACUCAGCAGAGCUCGCCUCAGUCAAUUCCGAGUGUCUCCGCCUCUCCACAGAAUAUUCAGCCAAUGACGAUCCAGAGUCUGUCGGCUUCACCAAUCCUGACGGCAUCCUCCAGCCCGCCCACACAGCCCCUCCCCCCGCAGGUGCAGCAGCUGCCUGUUUUGUUGCAGCCGCAGUUCAUUAAGGCCGACUCUCUAUUGCUCACAACUCUGAAACCGGACGUGACAAUGGUAACGACAGUAGCAUCGCCCUGCAUUACAACACUCACGUCUACAGCGCCGGUCCAGAACACCCCACUGCAGGCGCUGAUGAGCGGAGGCACCAUCCUGACCACCGUUCCUCUGGUGGUGGACACAGAAAAGCUGCCCAUCAACCGUAUCGCCAUCAGCGGGAAACCAGGCUGCCAACCGCACAAGGGCGAGAAACGCACCGCUCACAACGCCAUCGAGAAACGCUACCGAUCCUCCAUCAACGACAAGAUUAUAGAGCUCAAAGACCUGGUGGCUGGAACUGAAGCUAAGCUCAAUAAGUCUGCGGUGUUGAAGAAAGCCAUCGAGUACAUCCGAUACCUUCAGCAGUCCAACCAGAAGCUGAAGCAGGAGAACAUGGCCCUCAAAAUGAACAUCCAGAAGAACAAGUCUCUGAAGGAUCUGGUGACCAUGGAGGUGGACGUGAAGCCAGAAAUCCCCACUCCUCCAGCUUCAGACGUGGGCUCUCCCCAAUCCAGCGGCCCCUACUCACAGCACAGCAGCGACUCAGAGCCCGAUAGCCCCAUGGCGGAGGACAACAAGGCAGUGGUGGAGAGGGCUGGAGGGAUGCUGGACCGCUCCCGCAUGGCUCUGUGCGCCUUCACUCUGCUGUUUCUGUCCUUUAACCCGCUGGCGUCGCUGCUGUGUGGAGGAUGGAGCAGCGCUGGAGCCUCGGUGCCGGGAAACGCUGCAGGGAGGAGCGUGCUGUCCAUAGAGGACUCAGGCGAGUCGUGGGGCUGGAUGGACUGGAUGUUGCCCACUCUUCUGGUGUGGCUGCUGAACGGUGUGCUGGUGGCUGGAGUUCUGAUCCGGCUGCUGGUGUAUGGAGAACCAGUGACCAGACCUCACUCCGAGUCCUCCGUCCUCUUCUGGAGACACCGCAAACAGGCAGAUCUGGAUCUGGCCAGGGGUGAUUUUGCGCAGGCGUCUCAGAACCUGAGGACGUGUCUGAAGGCUUUGGGUCGUCCUCUGCCCACGUCUCAGCUGGAUCUGGCCUGUGCGGUGCUGUGGUCGGCGCUGCGUCUGUGUCUGCAGAGACUGUGGGUCGGCCGCUGGUUAGCCUCACGAGCCGGAGCGCUGAGACCUAAUCGCCCCCUGCAGGAGGACAACUGCAAGAGCUGCCGCGACGCUGCGCUGGUCUACCACCGCCUGCACCAGCUGCACAUGACCGGUAAGCUGGGAGGAAGUCACCUCUCUGCCAUCCACAUGGCUCUGAGUGCCCUCAAUCUGGCCGAGUGUGCUGGAGACUGCCUCCCUGUGGCCACACUGGCCGAAGUCUAUGUGUCUGCAGCCCUACGGGUCAAAACCAGCCUUCCCCGCCUGCUGCACUUCACUACUCGAGUGUUUUUGAGCAGUGCACGUCAGGCCUGUCUGUCCCCCAGCGGCAGCGUCCCACCAGCCAUGCAGUGGUUGUGUCACCCUCUGGGUCACCGCUUCUUUGUGGAUGAGGACUGGACCAUCCGCAGCUCCCCGAGGGAGAGCAUCUACAGCCAAGCCGGAAACUCAGUUGACCCAUUGGCUCAGGUGACCCAGGGGUUUCGUGAGCAUCUGCUGGAGAAGGCGCUGUACUGUGUGGCUCAACCCAGAGGAGACAAGAGCCUCGCUGAUGGAGACGGCGAGUUCUCCGACGCUCUUGAAUACCUGCAGUUGCUGACCAGCGCUGCUGAUGCAGCCGGAGCCACGACACAAUCCUUCGCCAUCGGCUCCAACAUGGCCACCGUCACAGGCUGUGACCCGCACUCUAAGUGGUGGUCUUCAAUGGUGGUGGUGGUCAUUAAUUGGCUGCAGGGAGAGGACGCGGCGGCCGAGAGGCUGUACCCUGCGGUGGAGCAUUUACCACGCAGCCUGCAGUCCGCCGAGAGACGCUUCCCCACACGCUUGUUCCUGCAUGAAGCCACAGCGCGGCUAAUGGCAGGAGCCAGUCCAACACGCACACACCAGCUGCUGGACCGCAGUCUGCGCCGCCGCGCCACUCCUGGAGCCAGAAUAGAAGAGUGUGAGCUCCACCCGGGUCAGCGUGAGCAGGCGGAGGCGGUGAUGUUGGCGUGCCGGUUUCUGCCUCCAUCUUUCCUGUCGGCUCCUGGGCAGAGGGUGGGCAUGCUGGCGGACGCCGCGCGCACACUGGAGAAACUGGGAGACAAACGCACACUACACGACUGCCAGCAGAUGAUCAUCAAACUGGGCAGCGGCACCACCGUCACCUCCACCU